CUUGAUUGUAAAUGGGAUGUUAAAACAUUGAAAAGUGUUGUAGGACCUCAAGGUAAAUUUUAUAUUAGACCCAUUCAAAAGUGUUUGACGGUUGAGGUAGUAACAGAAGAUGAAGAAACAGAGUUAAUGACAAAGUGUGACAUAUGCAAACAGGACGUUUCUUUAGGUCAGAUACGUAACCAUGUUGAGUCCUGUAUAGCCACAAAUCUGGACCAUACAGGAACGUACCUGUAAACUUCACAGGGAAAUUCAGAUGAAGAACUUCCUGAAAGUGCUUCAGAGAUAAUUCAUCAACAGGGGUUUUCCAUGGAAUUCCAUGAUUUACCAGAGAUUGCCAGCAUAACUUCCAUGGUGACCCUGGACAAUGUACUCCCGGGCAGUGAGGACCAGCAUAAUGGAGAUUAUUUAAGUACAAUUGUUAAAAAGUGUACUACAUUUUGUAAAUCCAAUGAUGUGUCUGAUCCUAUUCAUGUGCUAAAGAUCUUUCAAAAAGAGAUUGUCACUGGGAGACCAUUAGAACUAACAGAAGAGACAUCAUCUACGGGCAUUUAUGGUGAAACCAAUUUCAUUUUGGUAGACAGAGGCGAUCUACUGAAAACAGCAAUUGAGGAAAUAAGGGCAAUAAGCGACAUGAGGAAAUGCCUUGAAGUUCAGUUCUAUGGAGAGUGUGCUGCUGAUUUUGGAGGUCCAAGAAAGGAAUUCUUCUCUCUUGUCCUGCAUUGCAUUAAGGAAGAAUACUUCGAGCCAGUGAGAGAGUGGUCAGAUGACUAUGAAGCUGUUGGCAGAAUAUUGGCUUGUUCAAGAACUGCCAGCUGUUAUUCACCUGUUCACACCUCAACAGUCGAAUCCUUUAACGGUGAAGAUGUUGACACACCUAUUGAACCCACAGUUUAGUGCUGAAGGGUCAAACAGAAGACAGAGAGAGAAUUCCACAUACACGUUGUUCAUCAAAUACAUGCGUGAAGCUGCAAGUGGAAGACGAGGUGCUGUAAAUCUUGGGAGCAUAUUAAGGUUUGCCACUGGUACAGAGGAGGAACCUGCCUUGGGCUUUGCUCUUCAGCCUUCCAUUCAAUUUAUGGAAAGUGCUAAUUUCCUGCCCACUGCAAAUACCUGCAUAAACAGAAUGAAUUUAUCAUUGCCAGAUGAAAGUAAUCCACUACCACUGCAAGAGGAACUGUUCAAUUUGUUUGAUCUAGCAUUUUGUAACACAUUCUUUGGUUUAGAAUAAAAAAUGACAUUCACAUAUAAUUAUACCCCCAUUACCAUUGGUAAUAGAGGCUAUAUAAGAGUCACUCUGUCGGUCAGUCGGGCUGUCACAAAAUUUCAUCCAAUCUUCACCAAACUUGGUCACAAGUUGUAUCUAGAUGAUGUCUAGGUCAAGUUUGAAUAUGGGUCAUGCCAGGUCAAAAACUAGGUCACGGGUCACUUACUGCGUUUUAAACCGAAAGUUUGUCCGGACCAUAACCAUGUCAUUUAUCAUUAGAUUUCAAAAUCACUUGGUACAUUUGUUCACCAUCAUAGGACGGUGUGUCAUGCAAUAGAAGGACGUCGAUGUCUCCAAGGUCAAGGUUACACUUUGAAUUCAAAGGUCAAGUCGGUCGGU